UUCACCGUGUUAGCCAGAUGGUCUCGAUCUCCUGACCUCGUGAUCCGCCCGCCUCAGCCUUCCAAAGUGCUGGGAUUACAGGCGUGAGCCACCACGCCCGGCCUUUCAGUAAAAACUGUAUUCAUUCCUUCAUCACGUGACAGUUGGCCUUGAGUAGUUACAAAGACAGAGCAGUUCCUGCCUCUCAGAACUCUAAGCAGACAUUCCAGAGCUCACAGAUCAGUGCCCCACCAACUGCUACCUGGAAGCUUCAGGGAGAUGGGGAGCCUGGAGGAGGGGAUGCUGCAGGAAUCUCUGGCAGGCAGUGGGGCCGGGCUUCGAAGCCACCCAGGACUGAAUUCGAGAUGGCAGGCGGCAAGCAGGCAGGCAGCGUGAUGGUCAUGAGGUGCGGGGUGAGGGCAGGAAGCCCACAGCAUUCCUGACUUGGGGUCAGGGGAGACAGAUUGGAGGGGCCUGAGCUGAAGCCAGAGCCUGAGGGAACUGGAGAGACUGUAAGCCAGCACUCAGCUUCCCAGUAGACCCCAACCAUUGCCGGGUCCAGAGUGCCCUGGGAGAAUGUCAGGUAUCCAAAUGUUUCAGUGGAAGAUUCCUUUUCCCAGCAUUAGCUGGUUCUUUGGAUUUUUAAUUAUAAACAUAGUACAUGAUCAAGGUUAAACCAUUUUCCAAGCAUCACGUAAGGAUGGGAAGUAAUUCUAUCCCGCUCUAGACCUUCCAGACUGGCUCCAGAGGCAACUGCUGCCAGUGAUUUUCCUUACAGAGACCAUUGCAGCCACUACCUUGCGCCAUGGCCCCGAGACAGCAUGGCGUCUUCCUCCACACGGACCUGCAGGUGGCCUCUUAGGAACUGCCUCGCUGAAGGAGGUCAUCCCUCUCAGUCACAUGUGAGCAGCACUCACUCAGGCCUCGGCCCUGAGGGUCAUGCGGGGGCGCCUGGCCGGGUUCCCGGCUGUGUCUGGUCUGGUAUUGUCUGCCUUUGGGCUACCUUUGUGGCACAGCUCCCUGGGCCUAUGGCUGCUCCAAGCUGGACUCCAGCUCCCCUGGGCUGCAGUGCUGCUCCCAAUGGUCCAGAAACGAGGCCGGGCACAGCGGCUCCCGGCCUGGCAGCAUCUGUGGCGCAGGCUGGCCCAGGAGCUCCGUGCAGGGUGCUGCCCGUUGACUCAGCCCCGGCUGCACUCACGUCCAAGAACCGGGCUGGCUGGGGGGCCUCUUUGACGGAGCUUUGCUUUACUCCAAGUCUUGCUGAAUUUCCUGAGGAAAAGCACUGAUGUUCUCAUGGACACAAGGGAGGCAGAAUCUCUUGAAGUAGAAUAAACUGCACUCCUUUCCAGUAUUCCUUUCUCAGCUUCUCCUGGACCGCCAGCUCCUCCAUGCGCCUCAGACUCCCUACGCCGCACUGUGGAGGUUCCUCCCGCCCUGGCCCAUCUCAUCCCCCUUGGCUGUUGAUACGGCUCCCCUGUGUGCCUGUCGCCGUGUGGCAGAUGCUCGGGGACUUCUCAGACUCCGGGAUCACUCCGAGUACACUGGCCACACAGCCUGCUGCACAAACUCCAGCGCCAGCCAAGGAUCAGGAAUCUGACUUUGUCGGAGGUGAAGGGAUCCUUCAUGACAUAGCUUUCCUCCAGGAGGACCAUCCACUGGGUGUCGGGGGAGCUUCUGCCCCAAGUAGCAGUAGGGAGCUGUCAAGGCAUAGAGUUAACACUCAAACACUCCCAGAGGGCGGCACUCUGCAUGGGACACCAUCCUGCUCCUUCUUUGGCUAUGGAAUCAAGUACAUUAUCAGCUGGCCCCUGGCUCCUGGCUGUGACCUCCCUUCGCCUGAACUGAGCCUGGCUUAUCAAAGUUUUGGCUUUGUUGCAAGAGCAGGUCAAGAUUUAGCUGUUCUUCAGUGAACAAGUGUGAAGAUUGUCAAAUAUGUCAGUUCAUCAAAUAAGAAAACAUGCAGUUCUCCCACCUAUCAUUUGUAGAAGUGACAAGGAAUUUUUGGAAAGUAAUAGAGCAUGUCACUGCAUACAAAUCCAUUCUUACUUCAAUCAAAAAAGAAUAUGAUGCCUUUAUUGAGACAAUAAAGAAAGGCCGAAGAACUACAUUUUGUCUUCAUGGAAAACUUAAAGGUUUGGCAGCAGAGCCUACAGCUUUGGUAUAUCACAGGAAAAGAACAAUCCAACUUGAAGCAAAAUUGAAGAUUAUCGAAAGUAAUUCCUUGAAGAUUCAAUCUCAAAUAGAUCAAAUCAAGCAGUGUAGGGCAGAGUAUGACACAAAAGAAGUAAAAUAUUGUACUUUCUCCAAAGAUCCUUCAAAACCUAUUCCAGGCAUGACUCUUCAAGAAUCCAUGAAUCUAGAUGCUCUCACUAAAUAUAUGAAACAUCUUGAAGAUAAAUAUGCAGAAAUUAAACAAGCUAUGUUGAUAAAAUAUGUGCCAGCUCAGAGGAAGGCUGAUUUAGAUGAAGAAAUGAUUGUGUUAUUAAAACGGCGAGAUGUAGCUGAAAAUCUGAACAAAAAAUUACAGUUUUGUCAUCAAAGACUGCAGAUAAUUUCACAGGCACUUACUUCAUGGGCAAAAUCUGAUAUGAGCAGCCCAUUUCAAGACUUUGUGGAGCAAAUUCAGAAAACCAAAUAUUUACAAGGUGACCAAAGCAUUGCCGAAGAACUAAUGGAAGAUGAUCCACGCAGGGCAAAAGAAGCUGAAAUUAUGCUUCACUACAUGGAAAGAUUUAACGAGUUAAUCUCACUUGGUGAAUAUGAAAAGGCAGCUUGUUAUGCAGCAAACAGUCCCAGAAGAAUUCUUCGGAACAUUGGUACAAUGAAUACAUUUAAGGCUGUUGGAAAAAUUAGAGGAAAGCCUCUUCCAUUACUCUUAUUUUUUGAGGCCCUCUUUAUCACAAGUCAUGCUUUUCAAUGUCCCGUUGAUGCAGCUCUAACCCUGGAAGGAAUCAAAUGUGGAUUAUCGGAAAAACGGUUAGAUUUAGUUAUCAAUUGGGUUACACAGGAAAGACUGACAUUUUCUGAGGAGGCUGGGGAUGUGAUUUGUGAUUAUGGGGAGCAGGAUACUUAUAACAAGGCCAAGUGCCUGGCUUUAGCUCAGAUUAUCUACAGUGAAUGUGGCCUGCACAAGAAAGCUAUUCUUUGCUUGUGUAAACAGGGGCAGACUCAUAGGGUCAUGGAGUACAUACAGCAGUUGAAGGACUUUACUACCGAUGACCUGUUGCAGCUAUUAAUAUCAUGUCCCCAAGUUGAAUUAAUUCAGUGUCUCACUAAAGAGUUGAAUGAGAAACAACCAUCUUUAUCUUUUGGUCUUGCCAUACUUCAUCUGUUCUCUGUAGAUAUGAAAAAAGUUGGCAUUAAGCUACUUCAAGAAAUAAAUAAAGGUGGGAUAGAUGCAGUAGAAAGUCUUAUGAUAAAUGAUUCCUUUUGCUCCAUAGAAAAGUGGCAAGAAGUGGCAAAUAUAUGUUCACAGAGUGGCUUUGACAAAUUAUCUAAUGACAUCGUGUCUAUUCUUCGAUCUCAGGCUGCAGUUACAGAAAUUUCUGAAGAGGAUGACGCAGUCAACCUAAUGGAACAUGUGUUUUGGUAGUUCUAUAUCUUAACCAGCUGAGGGAGCUUGUACAACACCUUAUGUAUGCUGGUUGGGCAAACUGAUUUUAACAUAACUAACUUAUAAAUAAAUCUAGAGUAAGAAGAUCUCAGAAAUAAAUCACACUUUUGUUAUGAUGACA